AGGUUCGAACUUCAAUUCAGUACUUACAAAAAAAGAAGAGGAAAAGCGCAGAAGAAUACCAACAUCGAUCAUCUUUUUAAGCCAGUAUCCACACCGACAAGAUGAAAGUACUGACCAUUGUAGCCGUUUUCAGUGUUAUCGCCCUCGUUGCCGCAAAGCCAAAAAGACCACGUGGCUUCAGACCCGGUGGGCUUGGACAAGGAUCUGGGAGAUUCCCUAGACUCAACUGUGAUAAUGUCGGUGAAGCGGAUUGUAGCGCCCUCAGAGAGAAACUGCUUUGUGACGCGGAUGGAGAACAGUACAGAAACUAUUGUGCCUAUCUUGAGAAGAACUGCCCUCUUUCGGAGUCUGCAGAAAAGCCUUUCCAUUGCAACGCUGAUGGAACGCCGGUAGAUGACGAUGAAGACGAGGAUGAAGAUGAAGAUGAACGCCCAGAUCGCAGACCGUUUUUCCCGAGCAAGGAGGAAUUAUGUGUGAUAAUCAAGAAUGCCGACUGCUCCGACCCUGCUCUUCCCGCCAGGAAGAUUUGUGACAACAUGGGAGGUGUCUAUAAUAAUAUUUGCGAGUUCCUGCAAGCCAUAUGUGCCACACCAGAACUGAGGCCAGCUGAAUGCCCAGAGAGAUGAGACCACUGAAGAUUCCCAAGUGCCA